AAAAACAAUGAGUUUAAAAAAAAAACAAAAAAAAGCCGACGAGCAAUGAGCCCAUUAGUCCUUUACCAAAUCCCAAUUCCCUUUACACUUCCCGGCUCAUGCUCGCACAAGCUCCGACGAAGGCGAUUGUCGCGCAUUGAAUUACCGGCAGUUUACUUCCCAAUUUGGGUUUUUGAAUUUGAUUCUCCUUCCUCUGUCCUUCGAGCUAUAGUAGCACAGGUGACAUACACAAUACGAAAAACCCAUUUUCCUUUUUCACCCAGUUCUCAUCCCCCAAGCUCCGGCGAAGACAACGGUCAGAAAUUGAUUCUCCGGCUAUUUAAGUAUUUUUUUAUGAUCAUGAUUUGUCGAGGCAUGAGUAAUAGAUGAGUUACUUGCUGUGAUUGAUGUUUGAGGGAGGAAGAUGGAACCCGAGGUUAUAAAAGCAGAGCUUGUGUUGCCAACACAUUUGAGCUUCAAGAGGAUGCAAAUGUAUGAGAAGUACCCAAAAGGCCAAGCAAGAGGUCGCCAUUGGAAACAUCUCAAGCAGAUUCUUCAGGCUGAGAAUUUCCAAAACUACCCUCCUGAUGAACCUAAUUAUGUUAAUAUUGAAUCCCCACCCUCAAUGCAUCCAUGCAAGAGAAUCUGUGAUUUAACUGGAUUUGAGGCACCAUACUUUGAUCCAAGAACCAACCUACGAUAUGCCAGUGCCGAUGUCUUCAAGCUUGUAAGAUCACUUCCAAAUGAGUAUGUGCAGAGGUAUCUGGCACUGAGAAAUGCAGCAGUUGUUCUGAAAUGAAAGUAUUUGCAGGAAACAACGGUGACUAGUACCCCAUCAAGAGAGUAAGAUCCUUCUCUGUUUGUCUGUAAUUUGUGUAAUGGAUGGAAGAUGAACAGGAUGAUUUAUUGUAGCUCAUGAUUAGUUAGUUCAGAAUUUGUUAGAUCGUUCAGUUUUGUCAACAAUAAAUCUGCUCAUAUUCAUGCAAA